ACCUUCGGUCAACCAAAGAUAUACUAUCACCGAUGAAUCAUAAAUCAACUUUUUCUAGAUCUAAAAAUUAGUCCCAACCUGCGGUUGCUGAAAGGAUGCAGUUUUAAACUUUGGCGUUAAAAUAUAUUUAUUAAUUGCGUGAUUUUUGUUCUUCGAUUCAAUCUCAUUCCGUGAUGGAUAUGUGGACUUGUUUGGAAACUGGGAAAAACCUGGGUUAGACGGUGGUGUGUUCUCUAUGCAGCAGGCACUAGUGUGGAUUCACCAAGGUUAUCCUUCUAUGAGGACCAGGAAAAGAAGGGACCAGAGCUUAAAAAAAGCACAAUCUUUCUGUCAGAUAUUAAGAAUAUAAAGCAGACUCAGACAACAGGUGGAAGAGAACUUAUAUUUCAAGUGACCUUUAGCACAUCAGUUAAACCAAAACUCUUCUCAACAGACAGCGAGGAGGAACUACGUCAGUGGGUUGGAACAAUUGAGAAUUGUGUUUCCCGAGGAGUUCUUUAUACCAAUUGUCAGCAAACAAUGCAAAAAGGAGAAUCCAUGACUAGUCUCAACUCUGAUGAAGCUCAUUUUGAUGAAAGUGCACUAUAUGCAUGUGCUGAAAAUCCUGGGGUAUUUAGAAUAAAAAUAGUUGACAAUGAAGUUUCUAGGCGCUGUAGACUCACAGGUGACUAUGAUUUACAUGUAAAUGCCAUGAACAUUUCCAUGGUCAAUCUUCACACAGGCAGAGUGGAGUAUAUUUGGCCGUUUAGAUUUAUCAGACGGUAUGGUCGCAGCAAAACCAACUUCCAGUUUGAGGCAGGGCGAAAGUGCAACUCUGGUGAAGGACUUUUUUCACUUGCUACAAAGGAGGGAAACGAUAUAUUUUUGCUUAUCAAUGACAGGUUAAGACAAAUCAAAGAACAAACUGCUGAGAAAAGAACUGCAUCCAUUUCUACAACAUCCCCAUCCCCUGAGCUUCCUGACAGAAGGUACACAAGAUCAGAUAACAAGGUCAGUAGUAAAGGGGCCACAGGAUUUGCCAGAGAAUUAGAAGACAAAUUAAAAGUUCAACAACAAAACAAACCCAAACCCAAACCAAAGCCAAAGCCCCCCCUGAAACCAAAACCAGAUAAAGAAGGAACAAUAUAUUCCCAACCACAAGAUAUUCAAGACAAUGCCUGGAAACAGCAUGCAGAAACUGAUGAUCACUUUCACGAGGAACAUUAUCAACCACCAGCAGCAUUGCACACUAACAAGACAGUGAAAAAGAAACCAAACCCAGUACUGAUUCCACAAGGUAAAAAGACAGUUGUUUCCAGUGACCAUGCUCAAGAUGUUGAGUAUGACCACAUUAGGGUUGGGAAGGGAAAAAAGCCACCAGUUGAUGCUACUUAUGGUCGCUUGCAAACCAACAGUGGUGAAGAAGAGGACCCUGACCUAAUGUAUAGUACUGGUGAUGGAUACCAUGAAGCAGAGGUAGUUGGUGGAAUUGAAGAUUAUUAUACUGUAGGAGCAGAUCCAGAUGUGUAUGAAGAUCCUGAGGAAGGGAAUUAUGAUAUGAUUCAAAAAUGAAGUGAUUUUAGUUGACAAUGAAUCCAAGUGGUAGAAAAUUUUUAAACAACAUUGUCAAUGUUUCCACUUGCAUACAUUCCAGUUCUAAAGUAUUUUCAAUUGGAAGUGUAUACUUGCACCCUGAGUUAUUGAUUUUUCAUGUGUCUACAUUUGAAAAAAUAUGGAAAAUAGAAGUAUAGUAAUUUUUGUUGUUCUUGGAUUCACUCUGGCAUACUGUUCGUACCUAUAAAUACAAUCUUUCUGACCAUGCCAAUUUGAUGGAAAAGUAGCAAAUUGAUAUAUAUAUACUGUGAGCCAAGAUGAAUGAUGAACGAUUUUAAUGUCGGGGGGAAAAUGCUUAUGUUCAGGGGUUUGAAGUACAGUGUAGUACUGUCACAGAUUUAAAAAAACUCAUGAAUAACAGCAUCUAGAGUUAUUCACAUGGCAGCCUUAUUUUGUAAUUGUUAUUAUUGUGUAAUUUAGAAUGUUUUAGACAUCCUGGUCUGUUAUCAUGUUGUUGCCUAAAAUAUUCCAACCAUAUAGUUUUUGUGCUAACUGGAGCAUGAAGAGGACAAGCACACAAAAGGUAAAAUUAUUUGUGAAACUGAAGACUUUAUGCAUGAAUGAAUGACGUUAUACUAGUAAUUUUUUUCUGAAUGAUGUCUAUGUUUUGCCCUAAGUUAUAUCAUAUUUAGCAUUUAGGGGAUCUUUAAUAUAUUUAUAGCUUGACAUGCUGGCCAUGAAAAUUCUUGACAUUAUUCCAGUUCACUAGCAACUUUCUGACACUGUAAAAAGCAUAUCAGAAGUUGUGUUAAAAAAGCUCAAGAUGUUUACCUAUACACUUAUAUAAACAUUAUAUACUUAUAUAAACAUUAUAUAUUAAUAAUGAUGAUAAAAAUGAGAUAGAUGUCGGCUUUGUUAAAAUUAUGCCAGAAACUUAUUGCAUGCUGACAGUUUUUGUGGAAAAAAAAAUUAUGCAUUGAUUUUAAUAUAAACUUAAAAGUAAACACAAUCAUAAUAGUUUAAGUUAAAGAUAGAAGCAAAUACUCUCCUGCCUUCUUAAAGCACUUCAUGGAUAUGAAGAUUGCUAUAUAAAGAGGGAAAUAGUGAAGGUAAUAAUGGUAUGCAAUACAAUUUUGUAUAUGAUGUAGGUCCAAUAUUAGUUUGUUAAAUCAAAAUAAAUUUUAACUUUUACGAGGAAAAAACUUUUUAUUGAUCAUUAGAAAAAUAAUGUGUUAGGAAAUUGGGUAUUCACAUUGUGCACAUCCACAGUACUGGGUAACAAUGGGUUAUCAUUUUUGAAAGUCUGUCAAAAUACUUGUAUGUGUUGGAUUACAAUGGGGGUGCUUUCAUGUGAAAGAGGGUGGAUUUGUCUUGUUAUAACAGACGAUUUUGUGUUUCCAAACAUUGCUGUGUAUUUUUGACUUUUUAAUUCUUAUCUGAAAUGACACUCUAACAGCCCUUAAAUCUGGGGCAAACAUAUUCAGGAUCGCGGUGUGCUUUCCCAAAUUUGUGAAGUUAAGGGACUCUUGUUUACUCUUUACUUUUUCCAAAAUUUAUGAAUAUAAAGCAAAAUAUGAUGCAUAUUCUAAGCAGAAAGUGUGCUCAUCAGUGCCAUGUUGAAAUUUUGAUGCCCAUGUCCCAUUGUUGUUACCCAGUGCCAUGUACAUGCACCAUUAAUAUGGCAAUAUUAUUAUUAUUCUACAAGAAACAUCAACCUUUUAAAUGUUAUUACAAUUUAAAUAUGCAAAUUAAGCAAGUACCUAUCUGCUUUAGUAAAAUUUUGACUAAAGUACUAAGUACUUGUAACUUGUGGUAAAAGGUACCCUUUUUUUCAGAAAACCAUCCCUUUUUAAGUGCCUGCUACUGGCCUGGUCAAACAAUCAGUACUUAACCAAACACUACUGUGCAGUUUCAGAUGGGAUAAUAUACAUUAAUAUGUAUUUUGAAAGCAUAAAAAUUAACUUGAUGUUUUAUUGAUUGCAACAGAAUCCAUUUUACAGUUCUUAAGUAAUUAUUGUUAAUUCUGUUUUUGCUGAUUAAAUGUAUAUUGUUGGUACUGAACUUGUUUUAUGUAUUAUUUGAAAAAAAAAAAAAGUGUAGAAGAAAGAAAAGGCACAUUAACCAUGCUGCACUUGCACAAAAUUUUGACUCGCUAUCAAUCUUGGAGGAAGAGAUGAUAAACUGAUUAACUAGGUUGAAAAAUGUUUUUGACAUAACAUAAAACUGUAUACCUAGGUACAGCUAAAAUAUCUUGGUUAAUUCAAUACAAGUAAUCAACAUGGGAGAAUAAAUAAAAAUAACUAAUUGACUUAUUAAAGAUUUAUUUUUCAAUUUUAAGACAAAUUGGAUCAAAUGAAUAAUAUGAAAUAUUACGUAAGCUAGAUAUGAUUCCAUGCUUAUUCUGAAUUGGUGUAACUGACUUGUGCAAUUCAUCACCAGCAAGGGCAGUUUUUAAAAUUGUGAAAAUGUCACAGGCAAGAUCGAAAUCCUGGCAGAUUUUACAUCCACCUACGCAAGAUUGAAAUUUCAAUCUCACCUUGGUGUUAUUUAAAUCUGCC